AUGAAAAAGCAAAAUCAACAACUUGUACGUUAUCAUCAAUUUUGGCCUUAUUUAAUUCAAAACCCUGCUUUCAACGAACACCACGAACAUUUGGUCGUAGUCUUUUCUCUGAGUUCUGAAGGCCUAUUUAUCGUGUCAUCAUUUAGUUUCCCUAGUACUAGAAUGGCGUUGGAAAUUUGUCGGGAAAAUUCUGCUCGUUUUCCAAAUUCUUUUAUUAUCUUUCGAACAUUCUUUUCUCGAUCGCUCAACAUCUCAACAAUCUCUUCAUAUGAUGUGGGCAAGAUUAGUGUUCUUGCCCAAUCUGUCUGGAAAGUGGCUUCAGAAAAAAUGAAAAAUGCAUUCUCCCAAUUGUCAAAAAAUGCCGAAAAUUACCUUCGUGGUAUUCGUGCACCUUCCUUUAUAAGCCACAAACCUAGAACAAAAAACUUUUCAUCAACCAAUUUCACCAAUUCAACAUUAGAACGAAAGGAAUUGCUAUCUUCAAACGAAAGAAAUUUGCAUCCACUUAGCUUCGAAAUUAUGACCGCAAAAGAUUUUCGAAAAGAUGAACCUUUUGUGGAUUUAAUGGAUUCUCAAUUUGUUGAUGAUUCUUUUGAUGAUGAUUUUAUUAUAUUGAAUGAAUCAAUGUUCAACAAAUUUGAUGAAGGUUGUUUUGAUAUUUUUCAUAUGGAUAAUCCACCAUCGAGUUAUUCACCUGGAGAUAUUUUUACACAAGGCUGUCAGUUUGAAGUAUCUGUUGAUACGACUCUGUUAUUUGAAGGAAUUCAAAUUCAAGAAUCUUCUCAACCAGAACCAGAAGAAACGAAAAUUAAGUUUGACGACACAGAUGCUUAUGAUUUCUUUUAUGGCAACCUUAGUGAUGAAGAUAAAGCAAAUGCGUCUUCUAUUGUGUUAUUUUCAAUUUAUAAGCGUAUAAACAAGGAUGAGUCACGAGGGUCAGGUUCAGGUGCAGGUGCAUCACAAAAAGUUACGAUUUAA